GGUUUUCAGGAUCGUCCGGCCCAUCCCAGUCGACGAAAUUGCACUUUGUCUCUCGUUCAGUAGCUGUUUGCUCAGGCUCGCAAGAUUCAUGGUCAUGGUGAUCGUCUUCCGUCACGUUUGGCUUCUCGUUGGCGGUUAUCAAGUCGGCCAUCAUCGUAUGCUGUCCUGAGUGGUGGACCUUGCAAUUGAUACAUCUUUGUUCACUGGAGCCGUGCUUCACUUGUUAUUAUAUUUGAAGAUAAGUCCGUUAAACACCGAGCAGAAUUGGAGAUUUGCUGAAAAUAUGUGCAGCUUGACCGAGCGGACGCGGAGGAUCGGACGAGGACAAACAUCAUGGGCUGCGCACGGACUGUUGGUGCAAAGGAUGGACACGGAGGAUCGGACGGUCGGACGGUCGUUUCUCUCUUCGUUGCCACUCGGUCUUCCUCUCCGGAUGUCUUCGAUCUCUUCUCGAGCAGACAGUAAAACUGUUCUCGUCUGGAUCACGAGACAGUUCCUCUCUGAGCCUCCCUAAGUUGUUGCCCUCUAGGUUAGGCUCUGCGAAGACGACAAUCCACUCACCAUGGCCGAGAAUGCACAACGUCCACGUCCGCCGCCAAGUCGACGCAGAGACAAGAUUCAACUUUCUUGUGACUUAUGUAGACGUCGAAAGCUGAGGUGCGACCGACAACACCCAUGUGGAACUUGCUCACGGCGGGGCCUCAUCAACUCCUGUAACUAUGUGACGCCAUUUUCUUCUACUUCGAAUUCCCAGCAUUUUACUGCUACCCGACAGCCCAUCAGCCUCCAUGACAGAAUCUCUGAACUGGAGAGCCUUGUUGUGACGCUAAUGGAGAGCCAAUCACUCCCAUCUCCACUCGCACCCAUAUCUCGCAGAAAAAGCUCCUUUCCGUCUACAGACACGCUAUCUGACAUCCAGGGCCCCAAAAAAUCUCAGAAUGAAGGUGUAUCCCCGGCGGAUCCUGGCACCCUAAAGUUGCGCCAAUGUGGAGCCAGCUAUGUCCAAAGUGCCCACUGGGAGGCCAUUCUUACUAAAAUCAGAGGACUGAAAGAGGACUUUGUCACAAAUAGUAAAUCUCCAUCAGGUUCACAUCUAUUCUAUGGCCCGCACCGUCAUGCAAGUCAAGAUGAAAUACUGGCUGCUGUUCCUCCUCGUCCGGUGGUUGACCGCCUAAUGGCUCUUCAUUUUGAUUCCUACAUUAUCACUCCUUAUCUCAUCCAUGGGAAGAAAUUUCUACGCGAGUACGAAACCUUUUGGAAAGAUCCGUACGCAACAUCUAUAGCUUGGGUCGGGCUCAUGUUCUCCAUGUUAUACAUUGCCGCCCAGUUGCAGACUUUCACUAUGGACUUCAUCAACGGCCGUACCGAAUCGCUCAAGAUGGAUUAUCUUAGCAUGAAGGAUGCCUUUCGAGAGAGGGCCGUCCAGUGUCUAAUCCUGGCCAGGUACACGACGGGAGGACCAUUUAUCCUAGAGACCCUUAUUACUGUGUUUACCGGAGAGUUUAUACUCUCAAAAGAUAGCGCUACCGACGGCUGGCUUUUCAUUAGCAUGAUACUGCAAAUUGCGAUGCGCAUGGGCUAUCACCGUGACCCAGAUCACUUUCCCGGCCUAUCUGCAUUUGAAAGUGAGAUGCGUAGACGUGUAUGGGCUACAAUCCUUCAAUUAGACCUCGCGCUCUCCUUGGAGACCGGUCUCCCGAGGCAUGCGACAGACACGCAUAUCGAUACGAAACAGCCUUAUAAUCUGCAAGAUUGUGAUUUCGAGGAAGACACCAAAGAGAUGCCUCCACCGCGACCAGAAUCAGAAUGGACACCUGUGCUCCCUCUCAUUGCAAAAGGGCGACUCAUAUUUGCUCUCGGCAUGAUUUGCGACCUCAACGCAAACGUUUCUCCCCCUUCCCAUGACGAGAUUGUCAAAGUCGACGCACUUCUUGAAGACUUACAUAAUCGUGCCAUUCCACCUGUGCUGCGCUGGGAAACCACAUCACACCCAAUCACGGAUAGUCCGAACCUUGUGAUAGCACGGAUAAGUGCAGAAACUACCUACUGUAAAUCUCGCAUUCUUCUCCACCGGAGAGCUUUGAUCGGCUACUCGGUCCAACAUUCUCAAGAGCGGGACAGGGAGUCGGCGCGAAUUUGUUUAAAGUCAGCACUCAAGAUAUUAUCCUUUCAACAGAUGCUUCACGAAGAGGCUCAGCCACUUGGGCGAUUGUAUCGACUUAGAUGGAAGGUCACCCAUAUUUUCAACCAGGAUGUUCUCCUUGCAACGAGCGUGCUCUGUCUCUACCUUCAAGACGUCGAUAAAUUUCAAUUGCCUCAUACGGUGGAACAGACAUCGUUGUUGCCCAAAGCUGAGGAGAUUCGACAAAAAUUAGCUACCUCGUACAAGAUUUGGUCUCAAUUGAGUACGGAAUCUGCUGAAGCUGGAAAAGUAGCGAAAGCUCUGAGCAUUGUCCUUGGAAACACAGAUGCGUCUGUCGAGCACGGUAACAGUCCCGCUUCUUCCAACUUCCUGACGCACUUUGAUGGCAUACCAAAUGAAUUCGGCACAACGCCCAACAAUCAUUAUUUUCCUUCUGGCUUCUAUUCUCCUCUCACCUUCUUUGACAACGUAUUGGAAACCCAGGGGGGAACUGAGGCAUUUCUAGACGGCGUAUUGCACCCUGUCCCCUGAUCAUGGACUUUGAUUUGCUGUCGAAUCAUUACGCCUUAACGCAUUUGUCGACAUUGUAUUGGCAGCAGGCUGUUGUUGUUUGGCAUGACUUCCCAAUUGAAAUUGUGUAGAUUUGUGGCCGCUCAUCACGAGAGUAAAACCUCGAAGUGUCGGAGUUGUAUCGUCUGUCUGGAUAGACAUAAGUGAUGACAUACAUGCGCAUGGUUGAGAUCAGAUAUAGAGAAGCACCAUUACACCACCUGUUGCGAGUGGCGGUGGGGACCAGAUUAUGGCACCUGAAACAAGAUUCCACCGCAGUCGAGUAUGGAUAUUUCCCCGUGGAAAUUUACAGAUGCUCUCGCCUCAUUCUUUCGUAGUCAGGAAUUUCGCUCAUAAGCUAAUACUUCAACGUAAUACCUUGGAAAAAUGAAGACGUCGAUUGAGUUUGUU